AUGGUGAAUCUUAAGUCCUGUGCAAGCUUGAUCAAUGGCUCUGCAUUAUGUGCAAUAGAGCAAGAUUUGAAAGCAGAGAAUGUUAAUGUCAUUGCAGAGAUUUCAGCCGAGUUACAAAGGGAAAGACAGAAGAAUGCAGAGCUUAUGAAGAGAAUAUCAAUACUUGAAGCUCAAACACAAGAAAGAGACAAGGACUCCCUGUUCUCAAAUAGACAAGGUGGUUGUCUUAUUGCAAGGAGAAGAGGCUAUAAGAAGUUUAAGAGGCAAAAGAUAGAACCAAACGAGAAAAAAGGAGACGGAAACAUCAAAUUGGCGACACUGACAAAGCAUGACACGCAAUGCCUACAGCUCAAAGACGCAAAUGUAGAAAACCACCUUGUCAACUGGAUGAGCAUGGAUGGUGUACAGUUUCUGGAUUUUGAAAAAAUAAAAGAUGGUGCUUUUGCUGCAGAUUGUUGUGAUGAUGAGCAUGAUGGUUAUUUUCAUGAGAAUGAUAUUGGCAUGGACAAAGAUAGAGAAAAUGGUGAGAAUGUCCGAGUUACUGAAUUAGUAGAAGAACGUCUUCCAGAAGAUUAUGAUGGUAAGAGAUUAAACUUAGCAUGCUUGGAAAGUUCCUAUGGAGGUCAGGGUGAACCAAAAUUUUCACCGGUGAGCCAAGAAAUGAAUAAAUGUCUGAGCAAAGAUGGUUUAUCUCAUGAUGUAAACCCUGUCAAUAACAAGAUGGAACUUAAAAAGCUCAAUGGGAAAGAAACCAAAAUGAUUGGAGGAUGCCGGGAAUCAUCAAAGAUAUUUGCUUCUGGGAAGGAUGUCGGUGGAUUUGGGAGUAUGAUAACGCAAAAAAAGCUCCCAAAGGUAGCUUUCUGUCCAAAGGAAGUGAAGAGAAUAAUUGAGUUAAAAGGACUCCUAUUGAAGAAUGCUCAGUCCCACACCAUUAGGAAAAUCAUAGUAUUUGCAUCUCUUGGAAUAAGGCAUGGGUGUGAAGAUAUGCAUGAUUUAAACUUCAACCAUUUCAGCAUUCUAAGGACGGGAGAGCCAUAUCUGUCUCCGGAGAGUCCUGGGGAGCACGUUCUAUAUGAGAAUCCUGGUCUUCGGAGGAAGGUCUUUUAUCCCAACCGACAGAACCCAACAUUAUGUCCCGUUCAAAUACUUGAAGAGGAGAAAUCCAUGCGUCCAUCUGAUGCAAGCUGCCCAUCAUGCUUGUUUCUAUGCAUCAAAUACGGAGGACAGACCAGAAACCUUCCCCAAAAUGAAUAUGUCAGGCAGCGGAUGGGAAGAAACAAGCUGAACUCAUUUGGGCCAGUGAUAUGUCGAAUGGCAAUGCUUGUUCACAUUCGCAGUGGGAGCUUCUUCUUCAAGGCCUUGGGUAUCACACUUCUGUUUAUGGCGAGUUUUCCCCAUGACCUAGUUCAAAGGGAAACCAAACACAGGAACUUGGGCCUCCUUCAAAAGUAUUACAGGACAGAUAAGGAUGCUGAAGGGGAGGAAUUAUUUCUUCCGCGUCCAGUUAAUAAUGAUAAUCAUGCUCGUUCCAAUUCUCGGCAUUCAACUCGGAAGACAAGUUUAUCAAAAUCAAAAGGCAAGAAACACACAAAUUCAGCCAGCAGGCCUACUAAGUCGCAGAAAACCAUCCUACAAUCUGCCCCUCCAUGCUCUGAACCUUAUACGCAAUUCGGGCUGCUGGGGUAUUCCUCAAUUCAGACUCCUGCCAUGGCAGCAUUUCGGUCCAUGCCAUCUCCGUCUCCAAGAGGCUCCGAGCCAAUUUCAAACCCUGUGAUCCCAAGUACUGGUUCUAACACCUCCUACCAAAACCAAUCUCCAUAUCCUAUGUUCCAACAACAUCCAGUAAAUUCUUUCAUGCCUAUGAUAUUUUGGCAUCCUCCUACUGCAUUCCCUCCUAGUUCUUACCUAUCUUCAUAUGGAUACCAAUCUUUUCCUUCUGCUGGAAAUUACCUUCCAAUCCAUCCAUAUCCCUACAACCAUCCCUCAUGCAUGCCUUUGGUCCCCAGAAUGGUAAAAGUCACUGGGAAGGUCAAUGCAGCCUCAGAGGAAGCUGACAGCAGCAACUCCAAUAGCAGUUCAAGCAGUACAAAAUCAAAAGAGCAAUGAGUGACCUGGUAUAUUUACUUGUAGCUGUGAAAAUUUCUCCCCAGUUAAGGAAUGGUCCUGGAAAGCAAGUAAGCAAUUCAAUGAAGUCAUUUGUGAAGAACACUCCUAAUCUUGCAAGGAUUGAUACUGCUUAGACUACUUAAGAUAAGAAAAAUGAUUAUCCUUAAGGCAUGAGUGGUCAGUCCCAGAACUGGU